ACCGUUCCUCUCUCUCUGCAACUUAAACCCCACGGAAGACAUUUCUCGCGGACGGUGCGUCCCUACAAAGUAGCUCCUGGUGGCUAACGUUAGCUCAAACGCAACCUCCACAUUCAGCCGCAGAGUGGGUUAACGGAUAUAUUGUAAGAAGAUGGACGGUGAAGAAAGAACCUACGGUGGCUGCGAAGGGCCAGAUGCCAUGUAUGUGAAGUUGAUCUCUUCAGAUGGUCAUGAAUUUAUCGUGAAAAGGGAACACGCUUUGACAUCUGGGACCAUCAAAGCUAUGUUAAGCGGGCCAGGCCAGUUUGCUGAGAAUGAAACCAAUGAAGUGAACUUCAGGGAGAUUCCAUCUCAUGUCCUGUCCAAGGUCUGCAUGUACUUCACCUACAAGGUCCGGUACACCAACAGCUCCACAGAAAUCCCUGAAUUCCCCAUCGCUCCAGAGAUCGCACUGGAACUGCUCAUGGCUGCGAACUUUUUGGAUUGCUAAAGUUACAGACAUAAUGUAGCAGCUUAAAACACUUUUUAGAUUUUUUUGAAUAUUUAAACUGUUUUGCCAUUUACAUCAUAUGAAACUUUUUGUUUUUUUUUCUUUUUGCACCUCGCUUUCUGUCAUAAUUUUAUUAGUAUUAAAGGAUUUCAUUUUAAUGUAAUAAAUGGAUAAUGGCAGGCUGCAUCACUUGCCCCAGAAUGUGACAAAUGUGCCCUUGCUCGGAAACAUAUUUCCUCACCUCUCCAGCUUAAUAAAAACCUGUUUGGUGAGAACUUCUUUGCCAGUUGCUACCUUGUUCUGUAUGAUGUAUAUCUGGCCUUAAAUGCCAUGUUCAAAAA